CACCUAGCCCUUGUAUCAUGAUCUUCAUGCGAUGUAUUUUUGACAGAACCGCUUCUGUUUCUUGAGCAAUUCCUUCCAAUGGCAAAUCCUUACAGAUCAAGGCAGGGUCUUAGCGCUAGACCUGUGUCUAAUUCCGAUGAAAUCCAGUUGAGGAUCGACCCAAUUCAUGCUGAUUUAGAUGAAGAGAUUUCGGGCCUGCACAAACAAGUUACACAACUCAAACACGUGGCUCAAGAGAUUGAAACUGAAACCCGAAUUCAGAAUGAACUUGUCUCUGAUUUGCAAAUGCUAAUGAGUAGAGCUCAGGCAGGAGUAAAAAAUGGGAUGACAAAGUUGAACCGAACUGUUGCUCAGCAGAGAUCGAAUCAUAUUCUUCAAGUGAUAAUCUUCGGUCUCGCGUGUUUCACUAUUGUCUACUUAUGGUCAAAGCACUUCAAGAGAUGAAAACGAGUUAGUGUUGCCAAGUAGCGACUAUGAAGCGACCUUGUGUCCCCGAAUGCAGAUUUGGUAGCUUUUCACCGACUUUCAGAAAUUCUGGCAAUUGGAGUUUUCUUCUGUAGCUGCUAACCGUAAUGGAAUGGUUUAUCCAUAAACCAUUUGUUGUGUAGAUGCGGUUAUUAAAGCUUGUCUACUUGCGCGCUAUAUAUUUAAGAUUUGUUCUAGUAUUGGGCACUGUUACUAAUUUAAGCCAUUUAAACUGUUGUUGGACAAGAAAACAAAACACCAAAAACAGCUGCUCAAGAAUUAUUUUUUUAAUUUU